CAGUCACUGUGACUGAAACCAGAAAUGGAGCAGAAUCAGCUCGACCGAGAAACGUUCUCCUGUUUGAUCUGUCUGGAUCUACUGAAGGAUCCGGUGACUACAUCCUGUGGACACAGCUACUGUAUGAACUGUAUUAAAACCCACUGGGAUGAAGAGGAUCGCAAGAGGAUCCACAGCUGCCCUCAGUGCAGGGAGACAUUCAUACCGAGGCCUGUGCUAAAGAAGAACACCAUGCUAGCAGCUUUAGUGGAGCAGCUGAAGAAGACUGGACUUCAAGCUGCUCCUGCUGACCACCGCUAUGCUGGACAUGAAGAUGUGGCCUGUGAUUUCUGCACUGGAAGAAAACUGAAAGCCAUCAAGUCCUGUUUAUUCUGUCUGGCCUCUUUCUGUGAGAAACACCUUCAGCCUCAUUAUGAUUCAGCUGCUUUUAAGAAACACAAGCUGGUGGAGCCGUCCAAGAACCUCCAGGAGAACAUCUGCUCUAAGCAUGAUGAGGUGAUGAAGAUGUUCUGCCGCACUGAUCAGAAGUGCAUCUGUCUCAUCUGUUUAAUGGAGGAACAUAAAGGUCAUGACACAGUCUCAGCUGCAGUAGAAAGGACUGAGAGGCAGAGAGAGCUGGAGGAGAGACGAGGAAACAUCCAGCAGAGAAUCCAGGACAGAGAGAAAGAUGUGAAGCUGCUUCAACAGGAGGUGGAGGCCAUCAAUCGCUCUGCUGAUAAAACAGUGGAGGACAGUGAGAAGAUCUUCACUGAGCUGAUCCGUCUCCUCCAGAAAAGAAGCUCUGAUGUGAAGCAGCAGAUCAGAUCCCAGCAGAAAACUGAAGUGAGUCGAGUCAAAGAUGUUCAGGAGAAGCUGGAGCAGGAGAUCCCUGAGUUGAAGAGGAAAGACGCUGAGCUGGAGCAGCUCUCACACACAGAGGAUCACAACCAGUUUCUCCUCAACUACCCCUCACUGCCAGCACUCAGUGAGUCUACACACUCAUCCAGCAUCAACAUCCGUCCUCUGAGACACUUUGAGGACGUGACAGCAGCUGUGUCAGAGCUCAGAGAGAAACUACAGGACGUCCUGAGAGACUCAUGGACAAACAUCUCACUGAUGGUCACUGAGGUGGAUGUUUUACUGUCAGAACCAGAACCAAAGAGCAGAGCUGGAUUCCUAAAAUAUUCAUGUGAAAUCAUUUUGGAUCCAAACACAGUACACACAGAGCUGGGACUAUCAGAGGGGAACAGGAAGGUGAAACUGAUGAGUCAACGUCAGUCUUAUUCUAGUCACCCAGACAGAUUCACUAAUUGGUGGCAGGUUCUGAGUAGAGAGAGUCUGACUGGACGUUGUUACUGGGAGGUGGAGAGGUGUGGGACAUGUGUUUAUAUAUCAGUUGCAUACAAGACUAUCAGCAGAGCAGGAUGUGGGAAUGAAUGUGGAUUUGGAUGUAAUGACAAAUCGUGGGCUUUAGAGUGUUCCCAAAACAGUUUUAGUUUUGGUCACAACAACAUCUGGACCCCCAUCUCAGGUCCAGUUUCCUCCAGAGUCGGAGUGUACCUGGACCACAGAGCAGGUAUUCUGUCCUUCUACAGCAUCACUGAAACCAUGACUCUCCUCCACAGAGUCCAGACCACAUUCACUGAACCGCUACUGGCUGGAGUUUGGGUUGGUACUGGAUCCUCUGCAGAGUUCUGGAAACCCAGAUAGAUCAGGAUUCAUUGUUCUGAUGCCUCUGCUGUUCUGUUUAUUUUUCUGGUGUAAAUGUAAAUCUCUGUGUUCCAGGAGCCAUAAAGGAAAUCUCUGCUGAUAUUUUCUUUUAUUCUGACAUGACAGAAAUAUUUCUCCACACAGUAGCGGUUUCUGAUAUGGGUGACAUGGGCAACCGCCCAGGACAGCAGUUUGUGGGGGCGGCAUGAACAAUCACAGCCCCUCCCCCCAUAAUGUGAUUCAUAAAUGGUUUUUUUACGUCAAAAGAGUCUGUUUCACUCGAGGGUUAUUUUGCCCUUCUGGUUUCCCUCUCACUAGCUGAAGUUUGUGAAGCUAUGUUAUGUGUUUUAUUCAGUGUGAUAACCAAUUACAAAGAAAUAAGUGUUAAGGAAAAGUAUUUUGCAAAGCAUGUUCACUUGUCUAAGAUUGAUUAUUUAAGUUAAAGUUUCCAGAUUAUUUUGUUUAUGCCCAGAGUGAAAGAAAAACCCAGAUUUAGGUCCUGAAGUCUUUCAACAUUACAGGUUAAUAAAUUGAUUGAGUACAAUCUGAAUCUACUGAAGUUUCCUCUGUCAGCAUAGUAGUCUAAUUUCUUAUAUAUUCAAUGUUUGUUAUUAAAGCUCUAUUGGAGAGAAUGUGGUACAAGAUACUAGAGAUUUGGAUGUUAUGAAUGAGUUUAUUGGAAGACACUGGAAUGUCUGGACAUUUUAAAGCACUAAUGUUUCAGUUAGAGGUAUAGGAAUUGGAGCUGGAGGAAAUGUUUGAAUAACUCUGUGGAUGACACACAGCUCUACAUUACGAUGUCACCAGGUGACUCUGGACCAUCCAGUCACUGAAUAAAUGCUUACAACAGAUAAAUGUGUGGAUGUGCCAA